AUGUAUUCUUAUCCUUCUCUCCCUUUCCCUCUCUCCCCUCCCCUUCUCUCCUCUUCCUUCUCUCCCCUUCCCUCUCUCCCCUCCCCUUCUCUCCCCUUCCUUCUCUCCCCUUCCCUCUCUCCCCUCCCCUUCUCUCCCCUUCCCUCUCUCCCUUCCCCUUCUCUCCCCUUCCCUCUCUCCCCUCCCCUUCUCUCCCCUUCCCUCUCUCCCCUCCCCUUCUCUCCCCUUCCCUCUCUCCCCUUCCCUCUCUCCCCUACGCUCUCUCCCCUUCCCUCUCUACCCUUCCCUCUCUCCCUCCCCCCUUCCUCUCUCCCCUUCACCCUCUCCUCCUCCUGUCCGGAGUUGUUCUCAGGUCAGCCCAUCCACGCCAUCAGCAGCUCGCUCCUCUCCCACCCCUCCACCAACCCAUUCCCCUCCCCUGCUGCCGCACACGCUUCCGUCAGCGAUGAUGCUCGUACUCCUCCCACUUCUCCAACACUUCAUCUCCUUGGACUCCCACCCUCCAGCACCCGCCACCCCUCUUUCGCCCUCUUCUCAUUCCGUCUGGUAACAUUCCAGGAACCUUCUCCAUGUUCCUUGUGCUGUAAUUGCUGCCCCAUCCCACCUCCCCAUCUUCUCAUCCCACCUCCCCAUCUCCUCUUCUCCCCUUGUUUCCACCCCCAUCCGUCCCCAUUUAAUCUCUUCUCCCCUCGUUUCCACCCCUAUCCGUCCCCUAUUAACCUCUUCUUCCCUCGUUUCGACCUCACCAUCUCAUCUCCCCUUUAUGCCUCCAACCACCACUCUCUGCCUUCCCGUCCCCCCUUUUUGCAUCCGUCCAGGAAACGCAGAGCAAAACUCUCGGCCGACUGCUCCGCGCGCACCGCUGCGCGCCAGGCGGCGGAAGAGCGGGGGGAGGGCGGAAUCCUCCCCGCAUGGGCGCGCGGGGAGUCUGGGGAGUGCUGCGGAGGCAACGAGGGGGAUGCGGGGGAGGGGGCCAAGGGCGAGAGUGGGGGAAGCGGGGGAAGCGGGGAUGAUGGGAGGGGGUGCUGUAACUGCGGCCCCCAGCCACCAUGGGUGAGUAGGUGGGGGAAGGGUGCACGCAUGGGUGGGUGGGUGCUCUCUUCCGCCUACUCCCUUCCCCCUGCCCGCUCCCCCCUACUCGCUUCCGCCUGCUCCCUUCCGCCUGCUCCCUUCCCCGUGCUUUCCUCCCCCCUGCUUCCCUCCCCCCAACUUUCCUCCCCCUGCUUCCCUCCCCCCAACUUUCCUCCCAACUGCUUCCCGCCCACCACCCUCACACUUCCUCCUCUCACCUCCACUCAUCCCUCCCUCCUUAUCCAGGUACGAGGCUCCGAUGCGGCCAAUCUCGCGAUGACACGUGGCGUGCAGCGCGACAUGUGGCGGCACCAGUUCCCCGCCAGCUGUGCCGGGCGGCGGCUGAUGCUGACUCGCUGGCCGGGGCUGCACCAUGGGAUGGGGAGCAUGGUGCAUGUGGUGGGGGCGUAUCUCAGCAUUGCCAUGCGCAGCAACCGUACACUCGUGCUCAUGCCAGGCACUUUUGAAAGGGCCGGGCAUGAGUGUGAAGGUGUGUGGGGAGUAAGUUCACCCCCUUCGGCUGAUGCUGUCGCGCUGGCCCAGGCUGCAGCACCAUGGGAUGGGCAGCACGGUGCAUGUGGUGGGGUGGGGGCGUAUCUCAGCAUUGCCAUGCGCAGCAAUCGAACCCUCGUCUUAAUUCCAGGCACCUUUGAGAGAGCCGGGCGCGAGUGUGAAGUGGGAGGGGUAGAGGGCGGUGCUGCACCAUGGGAUGAGCAGCACGGUGCAUGUGGUGGGGUGGGGGCGUAUCUCAGCAUUGCCAUGCGCAGCAGCCGCACUCUAGUGCUCAUGAGGGGUGGGUGGGUGGGGGAAGGCCAUGCGCAGCAACAGCAGUCUCGUUCUCACUCCCUUCCCACUCCCCUCCCACUCCCUCCCACUCCCCCUUCCCCGCUCCCCGCUCUCCCCCAACACCUGCGCCAGGCGCAGCAGUGGGAGUGUUACUUCUUCCCCAUCUUCCUGUUUCUCCACCCUUCCCCCCACAUCCCACUUCCCCCCUCUCCCCCUCUCCCCCUCCCCCAACCCCCCAAAGACCUGCGCCAGGCGCAGCAGUGGGAGUGCUACUUCUUCCCCAUCACCCCCCCUGCAUGGCCUCCCCUGCAUGCGCAGCAGUGGGAGUGUUACUUCUUCCCCAUCGCCUCCCCUGCAUGCGUGCAAGAGGCCGUGGCAGCACAUGACCGAGGGGACGCUCCAGAUAUCCGGGGAGAUGACGUGAGAGAGAGCAUGCUGGGUGGCGACACGCAGGUUAGUGGGGGCCUUGUGGGGGGUCUCACAUGA